AUGGCAAAGAGGUUGGCAAAUCCUGUGGCCGUCGAGAGUGUAACGACGGCUCUUCCCACGGAUCACCCCCUUAGCCGAUCUGAACCGUCCGUUCUAGCCGAUCUGAACCGUCCACCUCUCUGCAGCCCAAUCCAAACCCUAAGCAGCCCGCGCCCGCCUCUCUCUCCUCCUCUCUGCCGCCUCUCCCCGAUCCAGAUCCAACCCAAGCGCCCGUCCUUCGCCGCCGCAGCCACGACGUCAUGGCCUGCUCCUCGUGGUGGCCGCGCCGGUGCUCUGCGUCUGUCGUCGGCCGGCGCGCCCACUGCGUCCGUGCUCCUCCGCCCCGACGCCGACUAUCUCAACCCUCUCUCCAACCCUAACCCUCUCCCUCCCUCAGAUCUCAAUACGCCGUCGCCCCUAUCCCUACCCCCGCGUAGCCCAACCCAAUCCGCCGCCGUCCUCUACCCAGACCCCUCCCCGCUUCGGCGAGCCCGCCAUGAACCGUGUGCGGGCGGCAGCGCAGCGGGAGCAGCACGGGCUUCACCUCCCCGGGCCGUGUCUCCCCUCCUCCUCCACCUCCUUCGCGGCCUCCCUCCCGGGCACCGCCCAACAGCAGUCUCGACAGGGACGACCUGGACCCGGACCCGGUCGCGGCUACCACGGAGGACCUCGCAACGGUCGACCUCUCCGAAGACCCGGAUGCCACCGCCACCGCCAAGUCCGGCUCCAGCAAGCCCCGUCAGGCAGCCAGAGGCGGCGGCUGCGACGUGGCCCCGUCGUCAACGUCAACCCACAAACUACAACGUCGCCGUCAACGUCUUCAACAGCCUCGACGAGCCGCUCCUCAUCACCUGGGACGGCAUCCAGCAGUGGAAGAACUGCUGGCAGGAUGGCAUGCUGGGCUCCAACUGUGGCGUCGGAUGCUGGCAGGUCACGGGGUUAGAGCAAAGGAACCUGAUGCGGUGUUCUAAACUCAGGUGGUCAUGGUCAUUGACCAGGUGUUGAAGGGCUUGGUGGCAAUUCUCACGGAGUAAGAAUAUGCGUGCAAGCGCUCAUUUCUCAUAUGCCUGCCCACUCCUCCCUUUCAUGAAGCUUUCUUUUAUUUCUCCAAAAUUUCUCUGAAUUUGCAAUGUGUAGCUCUGACAAAGAAAUAAGAGGAAUAAGUUCUGGCAAGGUUUUGGUGAAGAGCAUUAUUUCCCUAGCUUGUGAAAAUUUUGGUCCUCUGACAUUGAUUUCAUGAUUUGUGGUUACUGGUAAAUAUAUGACGUUGGUAAUUGAUCUCUUUGUGAUUGUUUGUGCGUCUGGUAUGCUAUUUCAGUUUAGAUUCUUCACCAUCAUUAAAGUUCCAUGGAUUCAGCCUUAGUUUCUUCAAACCAACCUUGCAAUCUCCAUGUUUCUUUUGAAAAUUGAAUCACAUUACCAUUUCUUCUUCUGAAAAUUUUAUACUCAAGAUUACAAAUUUGGCAGGUAACAGUUCAACUCUAACUAUAUGUGUACCAUACCUACUGACUAA